UAACAAGGCUUUUAGCUGUAACAGAAAUAAUGUUAAUCACUGCGUCAUAUUUUCGCUGAACAAAGUUACGGUUACAACUGAAAAGGCCGUCACCUUAUCGAAACGACUUUUCGUUCGGACACAGAUAAUUGUUGGCUACAUAGUGUUCAAGGUCGCGCUAGCUAGAGGUGUUUGCAGAUUACAUCUUAAUGAUAGCGUGUUGCCUCGAUUGUGAGGCGAAAGACCCUUGUAUCGAUCUUCAAGGGCCUACGCUUAUCAGUGGAAUUCUCCGUUCGACGUUUUCGAUAUUUUUAUCUAAAAUAUUACCGACAUUAUGUUAGUUAAUCUGAGAAAGAGCUGCGCGCUUAUAUGUUUAAAAAAACAGAAGCUAAAAUACGGCAGUAAAUUUUGCCUGGAAGCAAUUUAACCAAUUCUCGGAACAUAAUAUCGCAAUAUUUCUUGCAUUUUAUCGACGAAGUGUCAUCCGCAGUUUAAAAUUCUGCCAUUAAGUCGAUUUUAGGUCAAUCGUUACGAUACGAUUUUCAUGCUUCAUGUAAUAACACGAAGGUGCCAUUCGGCUUGGUACAAGUUACACGUGUCAGAGUAUAUUUGCAUCACGAUUAAUACUUUUAUGCAAAUUAAUUCCCCGAUUCGCGGCCAAGUGUAUCCGUGUCCAUCGGUAGACUAUGUAAAUAGAUUCUUAUUGCAUCCGUGCGUUUUUCGAUCGAUCAGCUCACUGCGGUUCUUAUUGACAAAUUAUGCGACUUUAGAACGGUUACGAACUGGGAGACAUCGAUGCUGCCUCUGCUACGCUAUACACUGUAAAAAGAUUGUCGUGGCACGUAAAAUCUUUCUUUUCUCUGAGUAAAAAUAUAAUCUACCUUUAAAUGUAACAAUUUUAAAUAAUUAUUACUGUAUACAGCUCUAUAAUAUUGCUUCUCGAUUUUAUAAUGGACUUACAUAACUACUCUUAUUACUCUUAGUUCUUAAUUAAGCUCUAAUUAAUUUAAUCGUCGCUGGCAUUGCGAAAAUUACUCGAGCGUCAUAAUUAUGAUUGACCUUCCUUUACACAUACACACCGCGAAGAGGAAUCGCGAGUUUUUCAUCGAGCGUAAAAGCACAAGGAUCAAAGAGCGCAGGUCUCUUAUGGCCGAACGUGUCGACCGCGAACCAAGAAAGCGAAUUCGCGAAGGGUGGGCGGCGAACGGCGGGUGGUUGUAGAGUAAGGUGAAACGCAGGGAGUCACGCGAAGCCAACCCCCGUGAAACGGAGGUGGUUCGAAGAACGAAGCCGCGGUACGUUCCCGUACGUGGCGAAUCAGUUAGUCAGCAAAAUGAGGUGCGCGACGUGGCUGCUUCUCGCGUCGAGCCUGCUCCUCGUUCAGAGGACCCGCGUUAUCCGCGCUCAGAAAUCCUACGCGCGACAGGGUGCUAACCGCGACAAUCCGACCGUAAAGAUACCGGGUCAAGGAACCAUCCUCGGCAAAGAGGUAUCCAUACCGGGUACUAAUAUGAGAGCAACGCAGUAUCUCGGCAUUCCUUACGCACAACCUCCGCUUGGGGAUCUCCGAUUUGCACGACCGGUGACAGAUCCUCUUCCAUCUUGGAAUGACGUGAGAAAUGGAACACAGUACGCACCAUCAUGUCAGCAGGUCUCGGGCCGGCUCAAGCUGCACGAAAAACUCUACAAACGAUUGCUACCACCGGACAUGUCUGAUCCGGGAUUCAGUGAGGACUGUCUCUACUUGAAUAUCUUCGUUCCUGACGGAGGCCGUUCGGAUGAGCAAUGGCCGGUGAUGGUUUGGUUCCACGGAGGCGAUUUUAACACUGGAACACCAGCGAUUUGGGAUGCUUCGAUAUUCGUCUCCAAACAAAAGGUGCUAGUGGUGACGGUGGCAUAUCGAUUAAACAUCUUCGGAUUCUUCACGACGACGGACUCCGAAGCGCCCGGCAAUUACGGCAUGUUCGACCAGAUCGCCGCCCUCGACUGGAUAAAACGUAACAUCAGGAACUUCAAUGGCGCGCACGACAACAUCAUCAUCUACGGCCACAGUUCCGGCGCUAUAAGCGUAGGUCUGCAUAUGCUGAGUCCGCUCAGCAAGGGAAAAUUCCACAAAGCGAUCGCGAUGAGCGGUGACGCCAUCGGAUCCGUCGGCUCGCCCGAAAAGGAACUGUCGGUCGUCGAUAUGAUAGCCGAGACAUUCGGUUGCUAUCGACGACCGACCAGCGCGUUGGUGAAAUGUUUGCGCCGGCUGAGCAGCGAUUUCUUGAUUAAGCACUCGUCUAGUAUAGAAACCUGGGGUCCGAUCGUCGACGCCGAAACGAACAACGAGACGGAUCCCUUCCUCCCGCAGCAUCCGAGGGAUAUCUUGGAAAGCGGUAGUUUCAACGCGAUGCCGCUGAUUACUGGCUAUACGAACAAUGAGCAAGUUUUGGCGUACAUGGAAGCCCUCGGCGAACAAAAUCCAGAAGGCAAACUGUCCCCGGCGAACUUCGAGACGAUGAUUACGGACGAAUUUUCAUCGAUGGUGCUGGACGACAAUUCCACCUGCAUGAUAAAGCCCGAAAUGGUGACGAACGCAGUGCUGUUCUUCUAUAAACCGUAUCCGCCCACGAAAAACGCGACGGUGUUUCGCGAUCGUUACUUGGAUUUGCAGACGGAAAAAAAUUAUGCGGCUGGUCUCACGCUACUGGCCAGCGGAGUGGCGAGGCGCAAAUCCACGGCGGCUUUCGUUUACCGAUUCGACUAUCGUCCCAAGACACCAUCCAUCACGGUCGACGUGCCGGAUUGGGCAGGUGUGCCGCACAUGUUUGAACUUCCCUUCGUUUGGGGUUUACCGUUUCUGUCGGGCAUAACGCAAUGGCACCCGAACGAUAAGAGGAUGUGCGAGACGAUAAUGGCGAUGCUGGCUACGUUCGCCAGGUCCGGCGAUCCCUCUGCGUCGCAGGUCAAGUGGGAGGCCUUCAUGCAGGAUAAUCCGCGGAUGCUGAUUAUCGACAAGGCUCCCAGUAUGAACGAACCGGACACGGUGGAUUACAAAGCACUCGCGUUCUGGAACGAGUAUUUCCCGCAGAUCAUAGACGAGGCGACAAAUAACUGUUGCAACAUCACGAGCACGGCGACGACAUGGAGGAUAUUUUCCCGCAGCGUGUACCUCGGCGGCGUAGUGGCCACGGUGGCGUUACACAAUUUUUGGUUCUAGCUACGAUUACGGCGUGAAAUAUUAGAUACUGAAUUAAGAAACGUGUUGCUGCGCUCUCUGUAUUUUUUUAAUAGACCAAUACCGUCGAAAAAGAAGACGAAUUGUCGUCAGAUUUUCCAAUUUUAUAACAAGAUCUCCUCUUCCCAUUCUCUACACUACUUUCCGAAGCAAAUACAAUAACAGUCUGUUAUACAUUAUAUCAUAGAUACUUUGCGAGUCUGCAUUUUCACAUGUGAAUAGGUUCUGCAUUCGCUGUAACUAUAUUUCGUAACGCUGUACGCAUCUGAUUGAGAAUGUUCUCGCACUCGUACAGAUUUAUUGCAAUACGGUAGUUAUGCUGAAUUUUCCUACGUCCGCAUUUGACAUCUCAAUUACAUUGCAUAUAUCACAAAAUUAUUUUAUUCUGUUCUCAUUAUCUUACAUGUUAUACUCGGCGUGGAUGAUGAUACGAAACAAAGAAAAGAUCCAAGAGUUAUCUACAGACGCGUGAGCGGCAGAACACAAUUGACAAAUGAGACAAAGGGGGCUCGGAAUGAAAUAAAAUCCAGGUUGCGUUUACGAGAGUAGGAAACUUGGGCCCUUUUUUUUUUUUAACAUUCACUGAUUUUUUUAUUAUUUGCCUUAAUACGGAGAGAUAUAGAAAAACAUACUUUGUUUGAGAAACAAACAGUUUGAUAACUUAUGAAUAUUUUGAUGAUUCAAUAAUAAUUAAUAUUAAUAAUAAUAGUAAUAAUCAUGUUCAUGUACCAUCUAUGUAUAAUUAUUAUAUUAUAUAAGAGAGAGAGGUGCGCGGCGAGCGAUCCAUGGGGGCUGGUGGUCUGCGCACACGUACGUCCGAAUAUUUCUUUUCUUUUUAAUCUCUCUUCCUUUUCUUCUAAAUAUAUAAUAUUAGUUAAUCAUUUUUUUUUCUUCAUUUAUUCAUGCAAAACUCCUACAGUGAUAACCGAUGCCGCGGGGAUCUCGUAUCCUACUUUGUGCGCCGUUGCGCGUGUACACGAGCCACCCCGAAACCAACGUAUAUACAAUAUUUCCUUCGCUUA